AUGCUCCUGUCAGCACUCAGCUCGCCUUACAUCUACUCUAAUGUUCUAUUUGUAAUUGCUGUAAUAUCACUUCCCGUCCAUCUAUUCGGCUGUUACUGUAUCCUAUUUAAAACUCCUGAAGUCAUGAAAUCAGUGAAAUGGAGUCUAUUCAAUGUUCACAUUUGGACGUCACUAAUGGAUGUAAUCAUGAGUUUCUUUGCUCAGCCAUUCCUUUCUGCUCCAUUUGUAGGGUUCCCAAUGGGAGUUUUGCAUUGUAUUGGAGUGGAUACCGCAGUUCACGUAUUUAUUGCCUCAGUUAUCGCUUACCUAAUGCCUGUGUCUAUUAUUUGCUUGUUCGAGAAUCGCUUCUACAUCCUAUUCGCAUCCAAGACAUUCUGGAGGUAUGCUCGACAUCCGAUUAUAAUCAUUGACUAUAUCCUCGCAAUAGCCAUCCCACUGUUUAUUAUCUGCAUUCCAUUCGUAGUCAACGCGUUUCUUCCAAUGUUCUCAGCGGAUGUCCAGGGCACCACAAACCUCAUCUGCAUCAUUGUAUCAAUGCAUGGGGUCUUGUCGACAUUGGUCAUGGUGCAUCUACAGAAAGCAUACCGUGAAGAGUUUUUGAGAAUACUCGGCUGCCGAACCACAAAGAUUGAGGAGAAUGGUGGUGGAGUGGUGGCGACGCUGUGA